AUGGGAGACCACUCGACUUCAUCGUCUGGCACGCCAGUCAAUUCACACCCGCCGCCGCCGACUGUCCAGGACUUUCAAGAGCCUUUCAUCGCGCCCAACUCGCGACCGGCGGCUUCACGCUCACCAUCUCGAUCAAAUGACGAUGCUUCUGCGCGAGCUCAGCCGCGAGGCACUCGAUCACGAGCCAACUCACGUCCCGUUGUCCACCAACCGCAACAACCAAUUAAAGAUGUUGUCAAUACCGCGUUCGACAACUCGUCGACCGCGAAUGAGCUCGAUCCGGCGUUUAUGAAGCGACUCACCGAGCAGGUCACAGAGCAGGUGAUCAAGACGCUACAGUCGUCCAACAUCGCCAUACCUCCAUCACCUGCCAUAUUUCCGAUCGACGUCCCUCUGCGAUCGCCAUCGCAAAGCUCGCCAAUGCAGCACUCGACCGACUCCUUUCCUCCCAGGUUCACUCCGCCUUCACCAUUACAUGAUCGCGAUGCUGGUCUAGGACCCUCGAACGAACGCGCGCCGUCUGAUGCUGGUAGCAACUACAGUAGACGGAGCUGGGAGAGCGAGGAGAGCAGAGAAAGUCAGCAAAGUACUCAGAGUAGCAAGGAGACACCUCGGGCUUCGCAUGUGGGAGCGCCACCACGCAGAAGCAAGACCAUUGGCUCAACGAGCACGGGAGAGCCCGCAUUACAUACGAACAAGUCGCAAUCACGGCGGAGAGACAGUGGAGCAGAUGCAACAGCUCGAGUAAGAGAGGCGGCUGCAUAUUUCAACGAUGCAUCACAGAGAACUCAGCGCCCGGCCUCGGUUCCCGAGGAUGAGGAGACCACCACGCUGGAGAAAAUCUGGCAGCCACUGUUUGACGGUACUGGAUCUCCGACUAAACGGUUAGGCCAAUUCUUGAGGGGUUUGGCCAAACACUUGAUAGAAGACUACGAACCGAAAGGAAGUCUUGUGGUGACGCCUCCGAAGAUGCUCCAGUUCUUGAACGAGACAAAGACUGCCAAGGAGUAUUACCCGUGGGAUGUCAUUUUUGGAGGCAAGCUCUCAUCUGCGUCAAUUUCCAUUAUGUAUCGGAAAAUGCUUUGCCAGCAUCAUCUGGUCCAGCAACAACCUCAGGAGCCGCCUAGCACUCCUGGCUUGACUCCCGUCGGCUUCGAAGCAUUCAUGACAUGCGUGAUUCAAGCGCACCCAGACACGGAGUUCGAGCGAUUGGCGAAAGCAGUCCAAAACAUGCCAAUCUCAAACGCUGAUGACAAGUCUGAACGAUUUCCAAAGGAGUUGCCCAGAAGACUCCUGCCACGACAGCCAAAUGUUCAGGCAGAGCAAAGGCUGAUCUCCAGUCUCAAUCACGAGCCGGUCCACGUCCCGCUUCAAAGAGGUGCAUUUGCCAUGCCGCCACCUCCUCCGGUUCCGCCUUUGCAAAGCCUCUUCGUCGAACGGGAGCGCAAUCCGUACUCGCAGGCGUCGCAGCAGUCAAAUGCGUUCGACGACGAGGAUAUCAGCCCACCGGCCGUUCCAAUCGAGCGCGAGCGAAAGCCAUACUUUGGGAAGGAGGGUAUGGGCAAGAAAUAUGAAGCCGGCGAUGAGCGAGACUCGCGAGACUACAAUCGACCAGCAACCAGCCAAUACAGACCGGAAGCGAGCGGCAGUCGUUCCUCGCGCGCCAACAAUCCUGCAUCCUCUGCCCUCCCGACGGAAUAUAGCAGUAUUCCGUCGUCCACCAGGAGCCAUAGAAUGUCUAUUGGUGCACAUUCGGGCGCUGGAGGAAAGAGUUCUCGACGUUCGCCACCACGUGGCGGAUUCGCUCGUAGCGAUCCCAUAGACGUCGGGGCUAUUCCACCUUCGCAGUAUGCCUCUAAUCUCUAUGGAACGUCAUUUGGCGCUCGCGAUCGCUUCACUGAGGACUUGGACGAUGACGUUGCUCGUCCACACAAUGUUCGUCGCCCAGCAGACAGGCACGCGAGUGCCACUGAGGACGAAUACAGCAAUAGUCGUCCGAUCCCUCCACGCAAUAAUCCGCCACCAAAUCCAUCCGGCUACGACUCAGCAUACGCAUCAGGAGGUCCACCACCACCCAACGGCAACUUUCCACAUAGGAAUAGCGGAAGCGCGCAGGAAGGCGAACGACGACGAAGCUGGUACCAGAGCAUGCCUCCUGGCUCUGGUUCCAUGGCGCCUGGGGGAGGAGGCUCUGAUGGCUACGGAAGUUACGCAGGCAAUGGUCCAAUGUACGGCGCUUCGGGGCACUAGAGAGGCCGCGAAAGCUCGGGGAGUGGCAGUCUUGCUCCUUCGUCUCGUCAAAAUAGCGGCGACGACAUUGCUGGCGGCAUGUACAGCCCGUUGCCAGCUCGCUUCUUGGCUCCCGCUUUUGCGAGAAGACACAGCGGCGAGAGUCAUCCUCCGACCGGCAGCAGAACUUCCACGCCUCCGCUAAGCUUUCGAGGCGGGAUCCUGUCGGGAGGAAGCCAGACUCCGCCAAUGUCAUUUACCGGGCUUUAU